AUAUUUCGUUAACCGCACUUGACAGCAGUCAAAUUCGCGGAUCGACUCGCAUCGAAACGCUCCAACGCGUCGAUGAUGGAGGAAAAAGUCUGCCACGGAUUCGGCAGGAUGCGCGGGACGGCAGCAAUGAGCUGGCACAAAUGACUCGUCGCCGUCUCGUUGACGUUUCGCACGAGCUCCCGAUCUUUCAGCCGGAGAUCCGGAGAUCGCUUGCAAUUAGCUCGAUCGGCAGCGUGGAGCGAACGAUGCGAGCCAUUUCCACGCGGAAAUCCCAAGACUUUCUCCUUCGCCUAACCUGCCUGCCUUACUUUAUUAUUCAGCUGAUUCACGCGUGCAUGCAUAACAUAUUGUACUGGGAGAGACGAUUAUAUUCGUCCGGUUGUUAUCCGGGUCGCGUAACAUCUGUCAACCUCGAACGCGCGUCGUUUUGACGUUUCGUCCAGGUAGCGAGGAAAAAUAAAUAAACAAAUCAACUGUGUGCUUUGUAUAGACCACAGUGUUUUCAAGCGGUGACUUGUUGAAAAGUGGAACGCGCUUGGCGUUCUAGUUUCUUUUUUUUCAGCGUGCCGAAGUACUCUGGCGAUAUCGAGAUUAAAGCAUGAAAUCAGCCUUUUAAUUGAAUUGUAGCGGCAUUAGUGGAACAUACAAACUGUACGGUCGAGACAAUUAUUUCAAGUUUGGGCUAGCAAGACGCCAGCAAUACACGCUAACAUAGAUCUUGAAGAAUUCAAGCAUUGCUACGGUGCAGAAGGGCUCUAUGUGCUCCACCGUGACUUGGGCAAAUGGUACUUUAGUUUCCAAGAGCUUGCUACUGUGGUAUCGCGAAAGGUGCAGCCGAUCAAUCUGUAAUUCGGACAUACGACAAGAUGCUCAACGAGAUCAGGGCGGCGGUACUGUUCUUAGUAAAGCUGAUCGAAAAAAGCGAAAAAUUUAGUCCCGAUCAAUUGGAAUGCUUCAAGCGGCACUUGGUCGAACUGCUGAUGGAACGCUUUAAGAACCACUGGUUCCCCGACAAGCCGUUCAAAGGCCAGGGCUAUCGUUGUAUUCGUGUCAACGGCCACAAUCGUCGAGAUGCGACCUUGGAGAGCGCAGCAAGUGCUGCUGGAGUUAAGUACGAAGAUUUGGCCCUACCCGUGGAGUUAACUUUGUGGGUUGACCCCAAUGAGGUCUGCUGUCGAUUCGGUGAGAGCAAAGGAUCGUACUGCACACUGGCUUCGUUUGAGGACAAGGAGAACACCGUACCUAUCUUUCAAGGCGAACACAAAGAGAACGUAGAGAAGGAAAACAAGGAAAACCACGAGGGAUCCAUCAAGAUACAGAAAUCCCCUUUAAGCAUUAGUACAGAACAACAGCCGAAAUCAAAAUUACUAAGCACUGUUAAUCAAAAUCAACAGCAUAGCAAUAACGGUACAGGUAGGAGGCGUAAUUUGAAUAGUCCUAGACUGCAUCCGAACAGAAAUCGUUCGUGGUUCGGCCACUCCUUUAGCAUGGUUUACGGUCCUCAUCCGAUCAAUCAGCCUUGGUACAAUAUAAUGCCUCCGCAUUUCCUUGGUGGCCCUUCUCCGCCGCCCUUUAUGGGACAUCGGGGGAAUAAAUGGGUACACCCGUCCUCUUAUCCUGCAGGACCCGCUCGUUUCCAUCACUGGUCUCCCAAAGCUACUCUUAAGGUAUAAAGUAAAUCUCUUUCAGAGAAAACAGUUAGGAAACCUGUUUCUUCUUGAAAAAAAAAAAAACUAUUUCGAAAGAAAAAGUAUAAUGGAAUGUAGGCUUGUUUUAUGGAAGAUGCUUAUUAUUGUUACAUCUUAAAGUAAAAUAUUAUGCUGUGAUUUAUGUUCACGAUUAAAAAGAUUUUAGUUAAAAUACAUUCGCGAUAUACGUAUGCAGAUAGAAUAUAUGUGUGUGUAGAAUAAAUAUAUGAAUUAUAUAUAUAUAAAUUUUUAUAUAUUGGAAACAGGUUUCUUAACGUGUUUUACAGUGACGAAAAUUAUCCAUCCUGUAAUUAAAAAUGACCUUGUUCGAAGUACGAUUAAGGCUUACGAUUUUUUAUGACGAGAGAUAUUGCAUUAUUACAUGUUACGUAUAUAUAAUGAUAAAUUGGAAUAAUAGAUGUUUAACUCCGGAUGCAAGGUUGCUUGAAAGGUAGACUAGUGGCAAUUCAAAUAACGUAGAACGCAUUAGCAAAAAUGCGUGAAAUGGAAAUAGAUGUCAUAUCACAUGACGGUUAUUUCUUCAGUCAAAAUGUUAUUCGGAAAAUACACAAUAUAUCGAGAAAUUGAGAGAAUCUACUUGGUUUCUUUAAUUGUUGCAAAUCGAUCAAUAAUACAUGUUUAUAAUUAUGUCAACUUAGUGAAUUCUUGAAAUUGUAUAAUCAAAUUGACAAUGUGUAAUUUUUUUGUUUGCGUUAAUAGUCCAAUAAUAAGGGAAAAAUAAGGAAAAUAGUUUCGAAAAUUUUGAAACUUGAUGUUAUUUUCUUGGGAGAGGCAAGUGUGAAAUAGAAUAUACUUUAUUUAUGACUUUAUAUAUGACUAAUUGUAAGUGAUAUGAGGGCUUUUCGAAAGCUUGUACCUGAUAAGAUCAGACAAGGACGAUUAUGAUCAUAUGGUGUAAAGAUCGUACAUGCGAUGAUUAAGUAAAGUAUAUUUUUCAUAUGGAAAAAUCAUUUUUUAGUGCAUGCCGAAAGUUUAUGGAUUUUAGAGCUUUAUUUUCCAUCGGAAGAAUAUCCGUUUCAAGAUUCUCGAAAUUAAUUCAGUUAUUCAUCCCAUAUUAGUCUAAUUUGAAUUGGACUAUAAAUAACCGAUUGUUCCGAUAUGACUAAUAUUCGUUAUAGUAGAUUUUAUUUGUAUAUUAAUAAUACAUUGUCGUAAAGAAUGCGGAAAUUGUUAAGUUACCUUUUACUUCGUGUAUAUAUAUA